AUAUGCAUUCAACAAGCCACAGCAGAAGAGCAGAGCCAACACCUUGAGAAUCUUUGUAAGAGGAAAAGAAAGGGCAGAUUUUAACAUUUCAAGCUCUUCAUCAAAUGGACAGGGUUGCAGUGGUGACGGGUGCGAAUAAAGGGAUCGGAUUCGAGAUAUGCAAGCAACUCGCUUCAAAUGGAGUCUUCAUUGUAUUGACCGCAAGAGAUGUGAAUAGAGGGAAUGAGGCUAUCAAGAAGCUCGCGAGUAUCGGGAUCUCCAACGUGGUCUUUCAUCCGCUCAACGUGGUCGACGAGACCAGUGUCCGUUCUUUGGCGGAUUUUGUCGAGGCUCGGUUCGGAAAACUUGAUAUUUUGGUGAAUAAUGCAGGCAUAACCGGAGCUACAUAUUUGAAAAAGGACUUGAUUAAAGGUCCGGAGGCCAAAUCGAUGAAAGAGUUCGUUGAGGAGACGUAUGAAUCAGCAGAACAUUGUCUAAGGACAAACUACUAUGGAAUCAAACAAGUAACUGCUGCUCUUCUACCUCUUCUUCAGCAAUCGAAUUCGGCAAAAGUAGUCAAUGUCUCCUCAUCCCUUGGCCAACUUCAGUAUAUUCCUGGCGAGAAUAUCAAAGAGGAGUUCAAUGACGUCGAUAGCCUCACGGAAGAGAAAGUGGACGGUUUGGUAGUGAGAUUCUUGAAGGAUAUGAAGAAAGGUACGGUGGAAACUGGAGGCUGGCCUAUCAUUUUAUCAGCUUACAUCGUCUCCAAGGCAGCUCUCAAUGCGUACACAAGAAUUUUGGCGAAGAAUUGCCCCGGUAUCGCGAUCAAUGCUGUGAAUCCCGGUUUUGUUAAAACCGACCUAAACCACUACACGGGGUUUUUUCCAGUCGAGGAAGGUGCAAGAGGUCCUGUUAUGGUGGCUUUAAUGCCAAAAGAAGGACCUUCCAGCAUGUUCUUUAAUCGGACGGUGCUAUCAACCUUUUGAUCAAGAUUUGAACUAUUAGUGCAGAGAGGCUAUGUCCGUUUAAACCCUAAAGCUAGGUUCUAGUGUAUUUUCGUUUUGUUUAUUGUAGGUGUAAUGCCCUGGGUUUCUACUGUACAUACAUUAUCCACUUUGGACACUAAGUUUUCACA